GGUUGUCUUGAGGCACGUAGGAACAACAGCACUGCUCAGGGAAAUGUUGAAGAUGUCAGUGAAGACAUCCGCUAGCUGUUCUGUGCAUUUCUGCCAAGAAGGUUGUCUGGUCCUGCAGCCUUACAUGGUUUAACUCUGCAUAGAGUUCUCCUCACGUCAGCCGUGGAUAGGCAGAGUAUGUGGUCAUUGGGGGGAGGGAUGGCCUUCCUUGCUGUUACGUUGUUCUGCACCUCAAACCAAGCAUAGAAGUCAUUCAGGGCAUCUGGAGAGAGGCAUCGCUAUCACAGGCAGGUGAAGCUAUCUUGUAGUUUGUGAUCGCCUGCAUGCCCUGGCACAUGUGCCAGGUGUCUCCACUCUCCUGGAAGUGGCUGUGGAUCGUCUGGGCAUGUGCGCACUUUGCCUCUCUGAUGACUCAGGACAGUUUGGCCCUUGCUGUUCUUAGGGCUGCCCUGUCCCCUGUUCUGAAGGCUAGGUCUCUAGUCAUCAGCAGUGCAUGCACUUUAGCAGUCAUCCACAGCUUCUGGUUGAAGCAUGUGGUCAUGGUCUUGGAGACGGUCACGUAUACUCUUCCAAGUUAAUGGACUUGCUGUUGGUGGCAGCCUCCCUGAAGAUGUUACAGUCAGUGCACUCAAAGCAGUCCUGAAGAGCAGAGGUGGCUCCUGCUGGCCAGGUUUUCACCUGCUUCAGAACCGAUUUAGAGCGUCUGACGAGUGGUCUGUAUGCUGGAAUUAGCAUAACAGAGACGUGGUCUGAGUAUUCGAGGUGGGGGCAGGGCUCCGCACAAUACACGCUGGGAAUGUUAGUGGAAACAAGAUCCAGCGUGGUUUCCCCACUCAUCGCAAAGUCCACAUACAGGUACUAGGGAGCACUGACUUGAAAUUUGCGGCGACUUGAAUUUGCGGCGAACAUCCGGCGAUGAUAAACAGUCUGUCAGGGUGAACAUUCUGAAGAUUGCUAAUAGCCCCAUAGAGUUCACAUGGCCUGCAUUUCUGUCAGCACGAAACGAGGUGAGCCCAUCUAGCUGAAUGGCGACGUCCGGAACUCUGUUGCUGGCCACGUCUCUGAAAACAAAGACACAGCAAUUUUUAAACUCUCACCUUGUAGUGCGUUCGAGUCAGAUGUAGUCCAGUUUAUUGUCCAGGGAGCAAACAUUGGAGAGUAGAAUGGACUGGAGAGCCGGCCAGCUAGGGUUUGGUAUUAGCCUAGCAUGGAAACCCGCCCGCUUACCACCCUUCCGCUUCCUCGCAUCACUUUCGGGGUUCCCUCUCCUGGUCUCCGGUAUCAGGUGACGCCGAGGACUGGAGCCCUAGUCUCCGCAGCAAGCCAAGUUCACAAAGCCUUUCCAGCACAUCAUCGUGCAGGGGGCAUAUUUGAAACUCGGGAGAAUGAGCCAGUGAGCGUGGAUGAGUUAGCCUUCAAAUUUGCUGUUACAAGUAUCAACCGAAACAGAACACUAAUGUCAAACACCACACUGACCUACGACAUCCAAAGAGUGAACUUUUUUGACAGCUUUGAAGCCUCCCGUAGAGCAUGUGAUCAAUUAGCUCUAGGGGUUGCUGCAGUGAUUGGUCCUGCUCACAGUUCAUCAGUCAGUGCGAUUCAGUCCAUCUGUAAUGCACUGGAAGUCCCUCACAUUCAGACUCACUGGAAACAUCACUAUGUGGACAACAGGGACUCCUUCUUCAUAAAUCUCUAUCCAGAGCACAGCUCCAUCAGCAGGGCCAUUUUGGAUGUUGUGACCUUCUAUAAGUGGAAAACUAUAACAGUUGUCUAUGAAGACAGCAUAGGCCUAAUGCGCAUGCAGGAGGUGAUCAAAGCACCAUCCAAGAAUGGUAUGAAGGUGCGUAUUCGGCAGCUGCCCACAGGGAGCAGUGACGCUCGCCCACUUCUCAAGGAGAUGAAGAAGGAGCAGGAGUUUUAUGUCAUUUUUGACUGCUCCUAUCAAAUGGCCUCUGAGCUGCUUAAACAGCUAAUGUCAAUGGGAAUGAUGACUGAAUACUACCAUUUUUUCUUCACUACUUUGGAUCUUUUUGCACUUGACCUGGAGCCAUACCGAUACAGUGGUGUGAAUAUGACUGCUUUCCGCCUGCUAAACCUGGAUAACCCCAAUGUUGCGUCUGUUGUUCAGAAAUGGAGAGCGGAUUGGCAGUUUGCCCCAUACAGACCUGAAAGUAGCCUGAUGAGUGGCAUGAUGACUACGUCAGCCGCUCUCAUGUACGAUGCUGUGUUCAUGGUUGCCGUGGCAUCCCAGCGGGCCAGUCAGAUGACAGUGAGCUCUCUGCAGUGCCACAGGCACAAACCGUGGCGGUAUGGACCCCGCUUCAUGAACCUGUUUAAGGAGGCUCGAUGGGACGGACUGACAGGACGCAUUGUCCUUAACAAGACUGAUGGACUGAGGAGAGACUUUGAUUUGGACCUCAUCAGCCUUAUGGAGGAAGGUACAACAAAGAUUGGGGUAUGGAAAUCAUACACUGGUUUUAACCUGACUGAAACAAGGGACAGCUCUAAUAACAUCACAGAUUCUCUGAAUAACAGAACUUUGAUUGUUACCACAAUUCUGGAGAACCCAUAUGUAAUGUAUAAGAAGUCUGAUAAAGUGCUUUAUGGGAAUGAUCGCUUUGAAGGCUUCUGUUUGGAUCUGCUUAAGGAGCUCUCCAACAUUCUGGGAUUCAGCUAUGAAGUCAGGCUGGUGUCAGAUGGCAAGUACGGUGCCCAAAAUGAUAAGGGGGAAUGGAACGGAAUGGUCAGGGAGCUCAUUGACCAUGUAGCUGAUCUGGCUGUGGCCCCUUUGACCAUCACUUAUGUGCGAGAAAAAGUCAUAGAUUUUUCUAAGCCGUUUAUGACCCUAGGUAUUAGUAUCUUGUACCGUAAACCCAAUGGCACCAACCCAGGAGUCUUCUCUUUCCUCAACCCUCUCACCCCAGACAUCUGGAUGUAUGUGCUGUUGGCAUGUUUGGGGGUCAGCUGCGUUCUCUUCAUUAUUGCUAGGUUCACACCAUAUGAAUGGUAUAACCCUCAUCCCUGCAAUCCUUCAUCAGAUGUAAUGGAAAACAACUUUACAUUAUUAAAUAGUUUGUGGUUUGGAGUUGCAGCACUCAUGAGGCAAGGGUCAGAUCAGAUGCCCAAGGCUUUAUCCACCAGAAUUGUUGGGGGUAUUUGGUGGUUCUUCACACUAAUCAUCAUAUCAUCCUACACCGCAAACCUGGCUGCAUUUCUGACUGUGGAACGGAUGGAUGCACCAAUCGAUUCAGCUGAUGAUCUAGCCAAGCAAUCUAGAAUAGAAUAUGGAGCAGUGAGAGACGGUUCCACCAUGACUUUCUUUAAGAAGUCAAAGAUCUCAACAUACGAGAAGAUGUGGGCAUUCAUGAGCAGCAGGAAGAACACGGCCCUGGUGAAGAACAAUAAAGAGGGUAUCACACGUGUUCUCACCACAGACUACGCCCUCCUCAUGGAGUCCACCAGCAUAGAAUACAUUAGCCAGAGAAACUGUAACCUCACACAGGUUGGGGGACUCAUAGACUCCAAAGGCUAUGGAGUAGGAACACCUAUAGGUUCACCUUACCGGGACAAGAUGACCAUUGCUAUUCUGCAGCUCCAGGAGGAGGGCAAGCUCCACAUGAUGAAGGAGAAGUGGUGGAGGGGGAAUGGCUGCCCUGAGGAGAACAACAAGGAGGCCAAUGCCUUGGGAGUAGAGAACAUUGGGGGCAUCUUCAUUGUGCUUGCUGCUGGCCUUGUUCUCUCUGUUUUUGUGGCAAUUGGAGAGUUCGUCUACAAAUCUCGCCAGAACAGUGAUGUUGAGGAGUGUAUUUUUUUCAGCGAGCUAAUGGAGACGCUUGGAGUGUCCUUCAGGUGUCGGAAAGCAAUGAGGAAUAGAAGAAGACCACAAGGGAAAGCAGUACUCACAGGAGUCUUAUGCAAUUCCAAACGCUCCUUGAGCAAAGAGACUUGAAUUUAAUUAAAUUUUAUUUAUUUAUUUAUUUAUUUAUUUAUUUAGUGAUAGUGGAACACUUCUUGGUGUAUUUGUUUAGUACACAGAAUUAUUGAAUGAAAAUGAAGUCAUAAUUGUAAAUGUAUUAGUUAUUCUUCUGUAGCAUUUUUUGUGUCCAGUCCUCAAUUUUCAAAUUAAAAAGAGGUUUUGCACAUUUUA